CGGUCACGUAAUUGGAUGGCGCCAGCCCUAGAGCUCGAGGGCGAGCGGCGCUGGACGGCGGCAGUCGGCGUCGAGAAACCGAUCGCGAUGGGAGACAACGUCAGCAAGGAGGAGCUCGGGGAUAACCUGGCGGCGGCGCAGCAGGACAACGGGUUCGAGGACGAGGAGGACUUUAGUUCGGAGGAGACUGACGAGGAGGCGCACGAUCAAGAAGCCCCGGCCUCAUCGAAGGAACCCGUCGCUGCCCAGGGGAAGGAAAGCAACGACACGCUCCCGGACUUGCCCAGGAAGGGGAGUGAGAGGGCAGCGGCGGAAGAGGAAAGCAGCGCCUCCGGAUCAGACGGAAGCGAUUCCGAAAGGGAGGAAGACGGAAGUGCGUUCGGCAAAGAAGGCCGUUCGGCGGACAGUGAAAGGGCUGCUUCGGAAAUGUCGGACGACGACGCAGAGACAAUUGGGAAGGAAGACGGCUCGGCGGAGUCUGUUAGCGAUGUGAACGGAAAUUCCACGGACGCGGAGGAGGAAGGACGAAACGCUAAGGAUAAAAUGGCAAUAUCGCAAAUCCAUAAACCCGAACACAAGCUGGAAGAUGAUGAGAGUAAUGACAAAAAAGAGGUUGUGUCCGAAUCAGUCGCAGAGCCGACAGAAACAUUAGAGGAGGAAAACGGUGACCCGAAACAAGAAAUGGUAGGCAUAUCAGAUAAGUUAUUAGAAUCGGCGCACAAAGAGUUCACAUCUGAAGCCGAGGAAGAUGGGUCGGAAACCGUCGAGGAAAAAGACAGUUCGUCUGACGAAAUGAGCGAAAGGGAAGAUGGUUCGCACAGUGUUUCGGAGAGAGCCGGAGAGGCAGCCGUGUCGGAAUGCGGGCUUUCUGAUUCAGCGAUGAAGCACGUGACCGCUGAGCUUGGAGUGGCCGGGCCAGACGAAGACACCGAGCAUGUACACAAAGAGACUGCGGAGCCUCUUGAAGGGGCAGGUACCUGUACUCUGCAAGUGGAGGGUUUUGGGCGGGAAAGACAGAACUCCUUCGUGGAAGAGACUGUUGUGGAGGUUAUCAGGAAAAGCCUAGAGAGUGUUAGCGCUUUAGAAAUGAAGAUAGAGCCAGAUCCUUCUCUUGUGUCGGCUCAGGCUUCCGAGGGCGCUGUUGUUGUUGAGAGCAAAGACCUAGAGGUGAAGGGCACCAGCAGGUCGGGGGAAACUGCUGAGGAAGCGGAGGGAUUUGCACACGCCGGGGCGCUGGCGAACAUCAGAAAGGAGUCACCGGCAGUGAAAGAAGAACCUGGCGGGCAAGAGCAUGAUGAAUCAAAGCAGGAAGAAGCCACGGGUCCUGAGGCCGAUACAGUUGCAAAUGCGGAUGCUGGAAAGUGUCCAGAAAUAAUAGUGGAGGGCAUUGGCACCUCGCCAAAAAUGGGAGGUGAUCUUGAGACUUUCCUGGUUCAUGCAGACAUGUGCGAGUCUGUUUAUUACGACCGGAACGAAGCUGAGCCAGAAACUUGUCCUGAACCGGUCACUUCCUCAGUUGCCGACACCGCGGAGCACCAGGAAGAAGCACUUAUGUCAGACGCCAUGGAAACCGUAUCGCAGACACAAGCUGAGGCGACGCCGAGAGCAGCAGGGGCUGAAGAUGGGCAACAGACGCCGGGUAUCGAGAUGAGUCCACCUCCGCAUGUGCUGGAAGUUUCGAAUGUCAUCGCGUCCAGUGAUUCUGAACAAGAAAAGGAGGAAGGAGAGGACGCCUGUGGUGGCAGUGGUUCUUCAAAGGACACGGUGGAGGAGGAUGAAGCAGACACGGUGGAGGAUGUGAAGAAAGAUCAGCCUGAAGACGUCACGGUCGAGGGAAGUGAUGAAGCAGGGACUUCUGAAAGUUUUUCAUAUACUGAAGGUGAAGCAGAAUUGUCCGUUGCAAGUGAUACUGAUUCGCGAAUCGCCGUGAGUGAAGUAGAGGGUAUAAACAGUUCUACAUCAGAAGAUGGUACUAAUAAAGCAGACAUUGAAAAAGACGAAUCUGAAGCUGAACUGUCUGCGACAGACGUAACUGUAACUGAAACGGUUGGAGCCGAAGCAGUUGUUGAUAAAGUUGUUACAGCAAAAAGUGCUGACAGCUUUUCAGAUGAGCUUGUAACAGAAUCCGCAUCGGAAGUUAUUGACGAUGAAUCAGGCUUGCAAGUGAUAGAAAAAAGUCGUGUUGCUGAAACUGAAGAUAGUGCAACACCUAUCACUGUGAGUGACGAAAGUGAAAUACAAGAAUGUGUAUCCACAAGAAGCACUGAGGAUGAUUCAGAAUUGAGUGUGUCAGAUGCUACAAAAGAUGGUGUGGUAAGUGAAAUAGAAGUACCAGUUUUACUUGAGAGUGCCGAGGAGGAAACAAAAAUACCAGCUAUAGUAGAAAUAGAAAUACCAGCUACACCUGAAAGUUACGAGGCAGAAACAAUACUACUAGCCACUGCAGACAUAGAAAUACCAGCUACGCCUGAAAGUGACGAGGGAGAAACAGAAAAACUGGUUUUAGCAGUAAGUACUAAGGAAGAAACUGAACUCCCCCUCAUGACGGAUAAGAAAAUAUAUGUGCAACUCCGAGCAGAGGUCCCUGAGAGCAGAGCCGAAGUCGCUGCCGCACCAGAAUGUAUCGAGGAUGAAGCAGAGUUGUCUGGCUCAACAGACAGUAUCGAAGAAGAAACGAAGGAAUCUGUUGAUUUACAAAAAGAAGAAGUAACUCUCACAGAAAUUAGUGAGACUGCAUCAGAAACGCUUGUUCCGUCAGAUAGCACAUUAAGAGAAAAAACAGAGGAUAGUGAAGUGCAAGAGACCGAUGUUACUGAAGAGAUGACUGAGAGCGAAAGAGAGGACGUGACAGAUGUUACGGCAGAAAGCACUGAGGAUGAGAUAGCACACACUACAACGGAAGAAGAAGUAGAAUUACUUGUAACAGAAAUCGAGAAUUUGGAAGAUAAUGAAGAGAACGUUCCAUCAGAGGGUGCUGUUACAACACAGACCGGGGCAGGCGCCCAAGGAGUAGAAAUGUCUGUAGAAGAGAAAGAGGAGGAUGUGUCAACGGAGGAGCCUUUUACACCCGGAAGUAUUGAGAGUGAAAUGGGAGGAACAACAGAAGGUACGGAAAACGAAUCUGUUACAUCAGAGAGCUAUGAAGAAAUAGAAUUGCCAGUUACAACAGGAGAAGAUCAAAGAAAGUUGGCUAAUGCAACAGAAAUUUUUGAAGGCGGAAAAGAGAUCGCAUGUGUAACAGAUGUUGAUACAGAGAAGGGUGUUCCACGUGUAACAGAUAGUGUACAGGAUGAAACAGAAGUCCCAGCUGAAUGUUUCGCGGAAAUCCCUGAAAUAACUAUUACAACAGAAAGUACCGAGGAAUCGUCAGAAAUUUCUGUCCAAACUAGUAGUGAGGAUUCAUCAGAAAUUCCUCGAGCACCAGAGAGUGGCGAAGUAUCAGAAAUAUCUGUUGUAGCAGAAAGUGUAGAGGACGCAUCAGAAAUAUCUGUUGAAGAAGAGAGAUCAGAGGACGCAUCAGAAGUAUCUGUUGCAGCAGAAAGUGUAGAGGACGCAUCAGAAAUAUCUGUUGAAGAAGAGAGAUCAGAGGACGCAUCAGAAGUAUCUGUUGCAGCAGAAAGUGCAGAGGAAGUAUCAGAAAUAUCUGUUGCAACAGAAAGUGCAGAGGAAAUAUCAGAAAUAUCUGUUGCAACGGAAAGUGCAGAGGACGUAUCAGAAAUAUCUGUCACUACAGACAGCGCUGAAGAAGUAUCAGAGGUGUCAGUUGCUACAGAGAGUGCAGAGGAAGUCUCAGAACUCUCAGGGCCAUCAGAAAGCGCCGAAGAAACGUCAGAAAUGUCUGCAGCCUCAGAAAGCCCUGAGGGGGUAUCAGAAUUGUCAGUUAUAUUAGAGAGUACCGAGGAGCCGUCGGAAGUGUCUCAGGCAGCGGAGAGUGUCGAAGGAACGGCAGAGGCUUCUGUUGCAGCAGAAAGCAUCCGAGACACAGCAGCUGCAACAGAGAGCGCCGUGCUAGAGAUCAGAGAGCACGAGGCUGAAGUGUGUGCGGCAGGGAAGGGUGCCGAGGGAGAGUCAAAAAUACCUGUUGCAGCCGAAGGAAUUUGUGAGCAGGGCGAGGGAAAAUCGCAGUCGGAAGUCGGGGAUCAAGUCCAUGAGAAAGCGUCGUUACCCAGCGUUGAUGCAGCAUUGGCAGAAUUGGAUAGCAUCCCAGACGGAGUUUGUGAGGCAGGAGACGUAGAAGAGGAGGAAGAGGACGAGGAGGAGUGGUCAUACUUCCGCAUGGAGCCACAGACACAGCCACAGGGUGAAGAUGUUCUUGUGCCUGGUGGUCCAACAGCUCCUGUAGCCCUUCCUAGUGAAACUCCUCAGAGUGUUGAUGCAGUGAUUGAUGAUGAGAGCAUUGUAACAGCAGCCCAGAAGUCCCCAUCUUAUGAAAAUUUGCUCACAAGUCCUAUGGAAGCUGCACCUCAGGACCAGGUCACAGGAGAGGUGUAUUCAGAAAAAAUUCCUUCUCCAUACGAAGCUGAUCAGCCACCUGUUAUGGAAAAUCCCCCUGAUAUUCUUCAAGCCAGUGUAGAUGAGGGGACAAUUGGUUUUGAAAGCUCUGCAAGGACUCUUGACUUGAUGCAAACCUCUAUGGACAAAGUUCCAGAUUUGAUGGAAGGUAACUUCGAGCAGCCAUCCAGUCCUCAUGGUUCAGUGAGUCCUCGUGUCCCUGGAAGCCCAAGGUCUGUUGAAGGUUUUGUUACAUCAGUUGAACUCAACACUCCUGAGGAGAACUUUGGCACAAACUUUGCCAUCAACCAAAAUCAGGACUCACUCACAGGUGCAAUGGAGCAGCCAUCGGGUCCAUUCAGUGUGUAUGUAAGCUCCUCACCUGAGCCUAGCAGCUUGGAGCCUUCGCUGCAGGCACCUGUAGACCUUGUGAACUUCAGUGGCAUUGCAAAUGGACAGGUUGAGGAAGAAUCCUCUCAGGUGGCCCAGGACUCACCAGUAGAAAUUGUCCAUGCGCAGUCAACUGUUGAGGUGGUUGCACCUCCAUCUCCAGUUGACAUUGCUGGUUCUGAAACACAGUUCAUCAUUCCUGAACAUGAGACAGGUCAGAUAAAUGCAGAUAUGCAGCAACCAUCUGAUAUUACAUUUGUGCCAGAAAAAGCAGUAGAACCAGUGGCAGAGGUGCCUGUGUCAGUUUUCGUUGAUGAAAGUACUCCUGUUUCAGAGCCAGACACUGCUGACCUCCUUGGACAGGAAGUUGUCUCUCCUGCUGUAGAAUCACCACUUACCCCAGUGGAGUCCUCACCUGCCCCAGUUGAAGAACUUAUCAGCCCAGUUGAGGUUACCCCAGCUCAAGAGGAGCCCACACCUGCCCCAGUCGAGCCCACACCUGCCCCAGUCGAGCCCACAGAGCCCACACCUGCCCCAGUCGAGCCCACACCUGCACCAGUCGAGCCCCACACCUGCCCAGUCGAGCCCACACCAGCCCCAGUCGAGCCCACACCAGCCCCAGUCGAGCCCACACCAGCCCCAGUCGAGCCCACACCAGCCCCAGUCGAGCCCACACCUGCCCCAGUCGAGCCCACUCCAGUUCCAGUCGAGCCCACACCUGCUCCAGUUGAACCUACACCUGCUCCUGUUGAAGACAAACUUCCUUCAGAACCCACACCAGAGAAAGUGGAAACUCCAGCACCAGCUGCGGCAGUGCCAGCAAAGGCAGCACCCAAAACUGGUAAAGAAGGAGCUCCUACACCUAAAGCAAGGACUCCUGCUAAGACCACUAAAGCUCCAGCAACAAAAGCCACACCAGACAAGAAGCCUACCCCAGGUAGGGCCACACCAGCCAGACCAACACCUGGCAAAGCCACACCCACUAGGACUCCCAUUUCUAAGACUCCAACCCCCAAAGCUACAGAGAAAACUGCUUCACCAAAGCCUUCUCCAAGAGUGGCCCUUACCAAGCCUGCAGCAGAUAAACCCACUGCCACCAAACCAGGAACAGCAAGGCCUGCUUCUGCCAGACCGACUGCCACAAGACCAGCAACUGGCACUGCUGGUGCUACUAGGCCGGCAGCCACCAAGCCACUUGCCAAAAAGCCAGCUGAAAAACCAGCUACAACCACCAGCACCACCACUAAAGCCCCAGCCACCCGACCAACAACAGGUGCACCCAGGCCAGGUUCUGCACGUCCAACUCCUGCUGCUAGAACUACCACAACAUCCACUGUUAAGAAGACAGCUCCCACCAAGACUGCAGAUAAGCCUGAUGCUGGUAAACUAGUUAAUGGGUCUGCCACAAGGACGACAACAACUGCACGUAGACCUUUAACACAAACAGCAAGCAAGACUUCAACCACACGCCCAGCUGCUGAAAAGGAGACUAAGAACACCACAAACCGAAUCCUUUCCACAACUCGACCUGCCUCUAAGCCAGGAACUACCACCACCACUCGACCCACUGUCAGUAGAACAGCAGCAGCAGCCAAGUCAUCUACAACUGAAAGCAAGACCACAUCACGUUUGGAUGCCACCACCAAGGCAAGAACGUCUACAACAACAAAAUCUGCUGCAACCAAGACUGCAGGAGUUGCAGUGAAGAAGACCUUAGUCAGCAAAACUAAAACUGCUGGAACCAAGACGGCAGCCACGAAAGCAGAAAAGUCUGAAGCAACAGUACUAGAGACCAGUGAGCCUGUAGUGAAUGGAGAAAACAAAAUUGCUGAUGAGGAAACUAGCGUAGAGGUGAUUGAGAAGUGUGCUGUAGAAGACAUCAUGAAGGCAUCAUCAGAGAAGGUCAUCACAGAAAGCUCCCAGACCAUGACAACCUCUGAACAAGUGGUAGUGACAACAGAAACCACAGAAGUGAUAGUAAAUGGAGAUCAUUGAGAGAGGUGUUGCUGAAAAAUGCAUAAACAUUUUUGAAAUGUUACAUUUGAGUUACUUUUUUGACAUUUUGCAUUUUCAGUCUUAGGGUCCAAGUGUGUCUUAAUUUGACAAUGUGAGAGAUGUGCUAGUCUGAUUGAUUGCUCCAGUGACAUUGAUAGUCAGGCUUAUGGUGAAGUGCGACUAUAUUUGGAUCCUAGCUUAUGUAUAGUCACCCAAAUGCUAAUAUUAGGAGCUGAUAUUCUUGCUUAACUAAUAAAUGUACAUUACAUGAACGUACAAUGGUAAGGACUGUCUUACUUAUGGUUCCGAAGAGUUUGAUAUAAUCUACCAUUCACAUUAGUUAAGGAAAUCAUUAUUUCUUCUUUAAUUUUUUAUUUAUUUUUUAUUACAUUUUCUUGAGAGCUGUAACUUUUUGGACUUGAGUGAUGAAACUUGAUUAUGCCUAGGUGCAUUGAUGUCCAUAAUAUUUAGAUCAUAAGAUAUGUAAUUCAUGCAGUUCACAAUAUAUUUCAUUAAAAUAUUACAGAAAAAAAGAAAGCUUUAAGUUAAAAGUUAAUAUUUGUAAAUAGCCAUCAGAAUAUUAAUGUGAGGUGCUAGUUUUCCCUUGUUGCAUUCCGGUAUUUCCACUGCUUCAGACUUUUGUACUUGGCCCCAUGCCCACUCAGGCUUGUAGCAACAAGUCAAUUAAGGCACCAGUUUUAUAUAUAACUAAUUGUAAUGUAAUUACAGAUACCAUUGUAAAGCUUUUUUGUCACUGUGGUUAGGAACAUGGAUGUGAUCAGUGUGGAUACAAGGCAUACGUUCAAAAAAAUAUAUAAAGCAGUUGCUGAUUAUGAAGUGCCUUUUUUCCAAGACUUCUCCAUUCCAUAUUGCUAAAUAAACAAUACUUUUCUUUUUAUAUGGAAUUACAAUUUGUCAAUCCCCAGGCAUUACUUAUUUAUUGAAUGUUGGAAGUGAAACCGCAAAAUUAAGUUUCUUUUCCGAAUUCCGGCAGUUGUUUCUGAAGAAAUUCUCACCAGUACCCAGUUAAGAGGAAUGUAUAUUUCAUUUGCUUCCUAUAUUAUUGUGAUGUGUCAUUGGUUCCGCACAAGCCUGUGUAAAGUGUAUCAACUAUUGUAUUCAAAUAAGUAAUAAAGGAUAAUAUACAA